UACAUUGCGUGUAUAUUAACAUAGUAAGCUAUAAAACUGAUAUAAAAAAUCAUAUUGAAAAAUAAAAAUAAUAAUAAUAAUAAUAAUAAAAAAAGAAAUCAAAUAGUAGAAUCUCAAUUAAAGAAGUAGACUCGAGCAGUGUGGUCUUUACCGGCCUUCAACUUCCUGUUCCCUUAACUGGAUACAAUGGCGUCUGGAACAUUGUACACGUACCCAGAAAAUUUCAGGGCAUAUAAGGCUCUGAUCGCUGCUCAAUACUCCGGCACGCAGAUUAAAAUUGCCGAAGACUUUGUCUUCGGAGAAACUAACAAGACUGAAGCUUUUUUAAAAAAGUUUCCUCUUGGUAAAGUACCAGCUUUUGAAACAAGUGACGGAAAAUGCAUUACAGAAAGUAAUGCAAUUGCUUACUAUGUUUCUAAUGAGCAAUUGAGAGGAAAAUCUGAACUUGAGCGAACGGAAAUCAUUCAAUGGUUCGGAUUUGCAGAUUCUGAGAUUCUUCCUGCCAGUUGUGCUUGGGUAUUUCCAUUACUUGGAAUUAUGCCAUACAAUAAACAGACUAUUGAUCAUGCUAAAGAAGAUGUUCAGAAAGCUUUAACAGCUUUAAAUUCUCAUUUACUUACGCGAACGUACUUGGUAGGAGAACGAAUAACUUUAGCAGAUAUUAGUGUAGCUAUGACUUUACUCCAUUUAUAUCAAUAUGUUCUUGAUCAAAAUCUACGCAAACCGUACCAAAAUGUAAAUCGAUGGUUCCAAACUGUAAUUUAUCAACCUGAAUCUAUUGCUGUAAUUGGUGCCUUUAAAUUGGCUGAGAAUACACUUGAAUAUGAUCCUAAGAAGUAUGCAGAAACGCAAGGAAAGUCUUCAUCGAAAAAAGAGAAGAAAGAAAAAGAAUCCAAAAAAGAAUCAAAGGAAUCAAAAGAAGCAAAGUAUGAAUCGGCAGAAGAACUUGAUCUAGCAGAUGCAGUUUUAGCUGCAGAACCUAAAAUAACAAAUCCUUUUGCUUCUUUACCAAAGGGUUCCUUUGAUCUUGAUGAUUUCAAACGAUUUUAUUCUAACGAAGACGAAUCUAAGUCUAUACCAUACUUCUGGCAAAAGUUUGAUCCACAACAUUAUAGUAUCUGGUUGAGUGAAUAUAAAUACAAUAAUGAAUUAACUAAAGUUUUUAUGUCGUGCAAUCUUAUUACUGGAAUGUAUCAACGAUUAGAUAAAAUGCGUAAAGCUUCAUUUGCUAGUACCUGCUUAUUUGGUACAGAUAAUGAUAGCACUAUUAGUGGUAUAUGGGUUUGGCGUGGACAAGAACUUGCUUUUACAUUAUGUUCAGACUGGCAAGUGGAUUAUGAAUCAUAUAGUUGGACAAAAUUAGAUCCAUCCGAUGAAAAGACAAAGAAAUUGGUACAUCAAUAUUUCAGUUGGAUUGGUACUGAUAAAGAAGGGCGUGAAUUUAAUCAAGGAAAAGUCUUCAAGUAAAAUUUAACAUUUGCUUACAGAUACAUAACGCUCCAUUCAGAGGCAAUAAAUGUAAAAACUGACAAUUUAUUAAACUUUAUCCCUAUAAAGCCUUUAAUCCUAUUUCCAGUAUAUAUUUUUUAGCACAUGUAAUGAUUGAGUUUUAUCAUCUAAUAUCCCUAUAAUGUUAUUUAAAAAACAAACAUUUUUAUGUUAUUUCAUAUAUGUACAAUAAUCAGAUUUCAAUCAAAAGUUUUACUCAAACUAUGACUUAAAGACUAUUUGGGUUGAAACAUGAAAGUAUACUGGAUACUUGUUUUAUUAUAAUUGCUUUGUGAAAAUAAAUUCUCCUGUGAAUGGAACAUAACAAAA